AUGUCGCGCCAUAACAGUGUCGAUCUAGACUCGCCCGACCGGCCCUUCGACAACAUCAUCAAUUUCCGCGAUGUCGGCCGAUCGAUUAAUCAAUUCUGUCGCAAACCCAUCUUGAACGAAGGCGUAUUCUUCCGCAGCGCAAGGCUCGACGAUGCUUCAGAACGAGAUAAACGGCGUUUAGCCGAAGAAUUACACAUUCACACGGUCAUCGAUCUGCGCUCACAAACAGAACACCGCAUGGGCACGCGAAAACGCCGAGAUGAAAUCGCCAGCUCAUUAGAAUCAUCAUCAGAAUUAUCUCUCCCAACAACCCCCAUCCCCUCAAACGCAGCCGAACACCUCCUCCAAAUCCCCGGCUCACAGCGCACCCUGAUCAGCCUAACAGGGAAGGGGUUCGAGCGCGCAUUACUAGGAAAACUAGACUGGCUAUCCUACCUAAAAGCAAUCGGGCUCGUAACAACCGGCUACCGCAGCGACGCGGUCAAACUAGUCUGCGGGCAAGUGAUGCAACCGCGCGGACUGACGGGGCUAGCCCAGGACACGCUGGAUUCCAGCAUGAACGAGAUGCGCGCGGUAUUUGAGAUUCUGGCGCGCGAGGAAUCAUACCCGACGAUCGUGCACUGCACGCAGGGAAAAGACCGCACGGGCCUGGUGGUGUUGUUGAUGUUACUGCUUGCCGGGACGGUGCCUGUUGAUGCGAUUGUCGAUGAUUACAGUCGGUCUGAGCUGGAGCUGGUGCCGGAGUUUGAGGAGCGGAUGGAGGAGAUUCGGGCGAUUGGGUUGGAUGAGGAUUAUACGCGGUGUCCGCCGGACUUUGUUAAGGCGACGACGGAGUAUUUGGAUUCGAGGUAUGGGGGGUGA